UUGUUGAGAGAGGUAUCUUUCAUAUGUUCUAUAUUUUUUUAUUAUUAUUAUUUUUUAAUCGUCUGUUCAAAAUUUAAAUGUCACUGGUGAGGAGGCAUGGGAGGAUAUUACUAUUGGCUUCCCAUCGCAUAUGAUCCCAAUCUCUCUUCUCUCUCUCUCUUAAACCUCAAUCUCUUUCUCUGAGCAUGAAUCCCAUGUCGUCACCUUCUUCUUCUUCUUCUCCGCAAACACCCAUUUGGGUGUAUUCCUACGUGAAGCUGCGAUUCUUCAACCGAAUCCGCAGAUUCCUGCGCUCCAAAACACCCAAAAAGCCAUAUGUCUCGCCCACCGAUGAUUCAGUCACUACUUCGCCCAAAAUCACAGUAGGGAGUAAUGAAGUUAUACAAACUGCGGAUGGAAAUUGGGACGGCGGCGAUGCGGCGGCGUUGCAGAGGACGGUGAAGAAGCUCCACUUUGGGAGCUGGGAAGAGAAGGAGAUUGCAGCCAAGGUGAUUGAGAAAAUGUCUAAACAGGACGUGAAGAUCAAGAAGCUAAUGGUGGAGCUCCGGGUUGUUCCGGCCUUGGUUUCAAUGGUGGCAUCGGACGCCGUGGGCCGCCCGGAACUCGCUGUCAAACCCUUGCUUGAGCUUGCCAAAGGAAGCUUCGAGAACAAGGCCCUCAUGGUGGAGGCAGGAAUCUUACACAAACUUCCAUGUAACAUCCAAGCCAUGGAUGAAUCAGCAAAACAUGAUUUUGCAAGAUUGCUGUUGUCACUCUCAUCUCUGAUCAAUUCCCACUUCACAAUUGCCUUACAGACGAAUGAAAAUGCCAUCCCAUUUAUUGUAAAGAUUCUUGAUUCAACCUCAAAUUCCGAGACCCAAAAAUGCUGCCUUGAAACUCUUUACAACAUCUCCACAGUGCUGGAAAACGUAGGGCCUCUGGUCUCAAAUGGUGUGGUGCACACCCUCUUGAAAUUGUCCUCAUCGUCGAAAGGCCUUUCGGAUCGAGCCCUCGCAUCAUUGGGGAACUUGGUGGUGACUUCACAGGGAAAGAAAGCCAUGGAGGGGAGCCCAAUGGUCCCGUCUAGCCUGAUUGAGAUUAUGACAUGGGAGGACAAGCCAAAAUCUGUCGAGUUAUCUGCUUAUAUCUUAAUGAUGUUGGCUCAUCAGAGCUCAGAACAGAGAGAGAAGAUGGCCGAGUCUGGGAUUGUUGCAGUGCUUCUGGAAGUGGCAUUAUUGGGUAGUCCACUGGCUCAAAAGAGGGCAUCAAAGUUAUUACAAUGGUUUAAGAAUGAGAAGCAAGCAAAAAUGGAUCCACAUUCUGGGCCACAGACAGGAAGAGUAGUAAUUGGGUCGCCUGUAAAUCAAAGAGAAGUUCAGGAAGGGAGGAAAAUGAUGAAGAAUUUGGUGAAACAGAGCUUGUAUAAGAAUAUGGAGUUGAUUACUGGGCGAGCCAAUGGGGGAGACCCUGCAAAACUGAAGAACUUGGUUAUUAGCACCAGUUCCAAAAGUUUACCUUUCUGAUGUUAAUUUUAUUACUCCAUGAACCUUCUUCAUCAGAAGUACAAAAACAGUCUUCAGCAACGACCUCGAGAUAAAAGAAGAUGGUCAGACUUACAAGAAAGCAGACAUCUUCUGGAGAAGCAUGAAGUGAAUUUGCAGAAAGGAAAUUCAUUUUUGUUGUACAGCUUUGAAAUUGUGGAAAAAUAAAGCAAGAAGAAGAGCUAAGAAUUCUUUUGUUCCGUUA